CUUCGUGUCUUGUGGAAAGACUUGACUACCUUGACAUUCUCAGAGCAAUCUCAAACAGGCUAAAUGAAAAGAAUAGAAAUUUCGAUGCACGAAAAAACAUUUGGUGUCAGAUAUAACUAGAUAUUGCCAGCGUAGUCAGUGCUACAAUAGUUAUACUAAUCUCCCCGUUCACAAAUCGUUGUUUGCGUUCGCUGAUGCCUUUUGGGACAGACUUAGGCAGCUAGCAAGCUAACGUUAGCAAACUCUCGUAACUCGCCGUCAGCAUGAACAGGAACGGUGCAUAUAGAUUGUUGUCGGUUUUUUCGUGCAUCGUGAUUGCUGUGUUCCUGUUUUUGUUCUGGUUUUUUGUGUUUUAUUCAUUGACGAUGGCACCGUAAAGAAGUGGAUAACACUAGCUUGCUUGUUCUCGCAGCGCUUUGAUUUCUAGUCGUCUGACGUGAUAACGUUAAUUUUUCAAAAUCAUUUGGCUACCUGUGUUAUUUAACUUUGAGAAUGCACUUGGUCAUAAUUAACCAUUUUUUAUUAAAUGUCUGAUUGAAACAUACCUGGGCAUGGUAGUAAAACUGGUUAUGCGAGUUCCGCAACUAAUCUAGCGCUAGCUGCUUAGUUAGCGAUAUCAGUCACUUAUCCCUCGCUAGCUACAUAGCAUGUGUAGAUCCAAACAUGAGCUCGUACAAUACCGAUCCUCGCCGAGCGCAUGACUGCUAUUUGCGUCAUAACGCACAUCUCUACGUCGGACGUCAUUGACAAAGUCAGUCGCCGAAUCCGGAAGCAAGGUAUUGAUUUUUUUUUGGAGGAAGUCAGGAUGGCUACCGGGCAGACAGAGAAAGAUUCAACCAAUCAGAAGUUGCAGUUUGCUCCUUUCUCCAGUGCCCUAGAAGCAGGUUUCUGGCAUCAGCUGACCCAGAAGAAACUAAAUGAGUACCGACUUGAUGAGAGUCCAAAAAGCAUCAAAGGUUAUUACUAUAAUGGGGACCCGGCUGGCCUUCCUACUCGCUUGACUUUGGAGUUCAGUGCAUUUGAUGUAAGCGGCCCUACCCCAGCGCGGUGCUGCCCAGCUCUGGGAACACUCUACAAUAUGAACACCUUUGAAGCUUUCAAAACCUGUGAUAAGAAAGUUAUUUUGGAAAAGGAAGCCAAUGAGAUUUGGCAAGCAGUGCAGUCUGAGACAGUUCUAGAAGACCCGUCUCUUCUCACCAAAUUUAUUUUGCUGACUUUCGCAGAUUUGAAGAAAUAUCGCUUCUAUUACUGGUUCUGUUUCCCUGCACUGUGCUUCAUGGAGGGAAUUCAGAUUCUUCAGCCUCCAGUGCCACUAGAGGAGAGGUUCUCUCUCAAACAGAUUGCUGCUUUGCAAGGUUCCUAUGACGACCUUUGCAAUGAAAGUGGAACUACAGCCAUUCCUUACUUUCUAAUAAAGUGCACUGGGGAGGCUGUGUCGGUGUCUUCACUCCAAAACUGGAAUACGUUCUUCAAAGGGCAGAAACAGGUAACUGUGGGUGUCUAUGACCCCUGCACCCUGUCCCAGCAUCCUGGCUGGCCUCUGAGGAACCUGCUUGUGCUUAUAGCCAGCAAAUGGGGCUCGGAGCUGGAUGCGCUGGAGGUUCUGUGUUUCAGGGAUCAGACGCUGCAGGGAAAGCGCUCCGUUCAGCACAGCAUUGUUUUCCAGAUCAAGCUCCCUGAACUCUCCCUGAGCACAGGAUGUCCAAAGAGUGUAGGCUGGGAGAAGAACCAGAAGGCUGCAAUGGGACCCAGAAUGGUCAACCUCAGUGAAUGCAUGGACCCAAAGAGGCUAGCCGAGUCCUCAGUGGACCUGAACUUGAAGCUGAUGCGUUGGAGGCUGGUUCCUUCCCUGGAUCUGGAGAAGGUGGUGUCCACCAAAUGCCUCUUACUAGGAGCCGGAACCCUGGGAUGCAACGUGGCCAGGACCUUAAUGGGCUGGGGCGUGAGGCACAUCACCUUUGUGGACAACGCCAAGAUCUCCUACUCCAACCCGGUGCGCCAGCCGCUGUAUGAGUUUGAAGACUGCCUGGGCGGGGGCAAGGCCAAGGCCCUGGCUGCUGUGGACAGACUGAAGAAGAUCUUUCCUGGAGUGAGCGCAGAGGGCUACAACAUGAGCAUCCCCAUGCCGGGGCACCCCGUGAACUUCUCAGAGGUGACGAUGAAACAGGCGCAGAGCGACGUGGAGCAGUUGGAGGCGCUGGUCUCGGCCCACGACGUGGUCUUCCUGCUGAUGGACACGCGGGAGAGCCGAUGGCUGCCUACCGUAAUCGCGGCCAGCCAGAGGAAGCUGGUCAUCAACGCGGCACUGGGGUUCGACACCUUCGUCGUGAUGAGGCACGGACUCAAGAAGCCAAAGCACACGGAGUCGGCAGGCUCCUCCCCUUCCUCUGCCUCCUGCACCCCUGCUUCAGCCUCUUCCUCCUCUUCGUCCACGCCCGCGGGCACCGCCCUGGCCCCCGGAGCCUCCCUGUUCUCCAACAUCCCCGGGCACCGGCUGGGCUGCUACUUCUGCAACGACGUGGUCGCCCCGGGAGACUCUACCCGGGACCGGACUCUGGACCAGCAGUGCACUGUCAGUCGGCCCGGGCUGGCGAUGAUCGCUGGAGCUCUCGCUGUGGAGAUGAUGAUCUCCAUCUUGCAGCACCCCGAAGGAGGCUACGCCGUCGCCAGCAGCAGCGAUGACAGAAUGAAUGAGCCUCCGACGUCGCUGGGCCUGGCACCCCAUCAGAUCCGAGGAUUUCUGUCAAGAUUUGACAAUGUUCUUCCUGCAAGUCUGGCUUUUGACAAAUGCACUGCCUGUUCACCUGUAGUACUGGAUAACUACGAGCGUGAGGGGUUUCAGUUCCUCUCCCAAGUCUUCAACUCCUCUCACUCCUUCCUGGAGGACCUGACGGGGCUGACCCUCCUUCACCAGGAGACGCAGGCGGCUGAGAUCUGGGACAUGAGCGAUGACGAAAGCAUCUAAGAACAUGGACGGCAGAGAUCUGAGUGUGUGUUAGUGCGUGGCCUGCAGUGCUGAAUGCCAAGAACAGUCAACAGUCAGAGUGAAUCAGUCACUGAAUCUGCCUGCCAGCUUUCUUGCUCUCCCAAACAGACCUGCCCUUCAUGCGCUAAUGUAUUGACGUAUUUGCAUAUUAAUUAAUGUUUACAUACCUUUUUAAGGCAAAUGGGAAGACGUAAAAUGACAUAUGCAGGUUAUCAUCGGUGUUCAUCUUAAAUAUAUGCAUAGCCCCCCACCCAAAUUUUUUCAUACUUGAUUGUCUCUUGAAAACAUUUUUUUACCCAUCUGUUUAAUCUCAUUUAUGCAAUUAAAUAUUAACCCUCAAUGUAUUUGGUGAACAUCAUGUUUAACGUCCUGAAUUUAAAAAAAUAAAAUAUAUAAACGGUUAUUUUAAAA